AUGCAUGCAUGCAAACAGGUCAUGUACUACGACCCCGCCCCACGCGUCAGGGCCGAUGUUCUGCAGCGUGUGGCUCGUCAGUUAGGAGACGUGGCACCUGGCAACACGCCACCGCCUCCGCCAGAAGAUAAUGAUGAUCUCCUGCUGCACCUGGCGGCCACACCAGAGGACGUCAUGCGUACGUACCCGCCACCUCCAGCAGACCUGACAGCAGACGAUGGAGCUGCAGUGCCGCCGGAAAAGCAGCAGCAACAACAAGAAGAGGAAAGGUGGGGGGGGAAAGCGGCGCAAAAGCGACCCCGCAGUCUUCCUCCCGACUCGCGCCAAGCCGCCGCUGUGGGAAACCAGAAGGAGGAAAAAAAUGAGACAGCAUCCCCGUCCUCCUCCCUUACCCCGCAUGUGCAGUUUGAUUCCUUAUUUGUGCGCACUGACUACUUGGGGCGAUCGUUCCUGCAACCCCCGCCCUCGCUGCUCACCGCAUUGGAGUCCCGUGAACAUGAGUGUCGGCCGCCGCGACAGAUGAAGGGUGGCUGGAGCAAGCACGCUGCCGGUAUUCAGCAGCUGCAGUGGGUUCCUCCUGUGGGGCAUUUGUUAUUUGCAGCAGACCUAAAGGGGGAGGUAAGGCUGUACGAGGCGAUGGCGUCGCGGAAGUGUAUCGCGACGUUCGUGGCCCACACCCAGCCGGUGAAGUCGUUGGAGGUAACGCCGGACGCCGCCACCAUGUCCACCGGCUCUGUUGAUGGGACUGUGGCGCUGUGGGAUGUGGAACAGGGGGUCUGCCGCAACGUCCUGACCAACACAGAGGGACUUCCAUGUGUGCAGCACCUGCACCACCCGUUUGACACCGCCUCCCUCAUCCUCGCCGCCCUCGAUCGCAAAAUAGUGUUGUAUGACGUGCGGGCAAGCUCGCAGAAGUACCAGCGGGAGUACACGGGGCACAUGGGCACCAUCUUUAACCUCACCUUGUUGAGCGGGGGGAAGAAGCUGCUGACGACGGCGGAGGACAAGACGCUUCGCACGUGGGAUUUUCGCGUCCCGGUGCAAAUUAAACAAAUUGCGGAUGUCUCCAUGCAUGCCAUCACGCACGUCGCACAUCACCCGACGGAGGACAUGCUGGUGGCCCAGUCGCUGAACAACCAAGCACUCGUCUUCGCUGACAGUGGCGGAGGGCAGGUGAAGCUGCUGCGGCACCGUGUGUUCAGCGGUCACACCAUCUCUGGAACGCGCUGUCAACUUGCAUUUAGCCCGGACGGUCGUUUUCUCUCGAGUGGCGACAUCCACGGCAAACUCUUUAUAUGGUCGUGGCUCACAUCCGAGCUGGUGCGCUCCUUCCCCGCACACACGCAGACGCUGGCCUCUCACGUAUGGCACCCAAUGGAGCCGUCGCGUGUUGUCACCUCGGCGUGGGAUGGAACGAUAAAGAAUUGGGGUUGA